GAUUUCACAAUGGGGUCCAUCAGUGCAGCAAAUGCAGAAUUUUGUUUUGAUGUAUUCAAUGAGCUGAAAGUUCACCAUGUCAACGAGAACAUCUUGUACUCCCCCCUGAGCAUCAUUGCAGCCUUGGCCAUGGUCUAUCUGGGAGCCAGAGGCAACACUGAGUACCAGAUGGAAAAGGUUCUUCACUUUGACAGCAUUGCAGGACUUGGAGGAAAUGUUCAGACCAAGUGUGGCAAGUCUAUGAACAUCCACAUACUAUUCAAAGAACUCCUCUCUGAUAUCACUGCAUCAAAAGCCAAUUAUUCGGUCUACCUUGCCAACAGACUCUAUGCCGAAAAGUCAUGUCCAAUCCUACCGAUAUACUUAAAAUGUGUGAAGAAACUGUACAGAGUAGGUCUGGAAACAGUGAACUUCAAAAAAGCAUCAGAUCAAGCCAGACAGCUCAUUAAUUCCUGGGUGGAAAAACAGACAGAGGGACACAUCCAAGACUUCCUGGUAUCAAGCUCCGUUGAUCUCAAUACUGCCCUGGUCCUCAUUAAUGCCAUUUACUUCAAAGGCACGUGGAAGAGAGCCUUUAAGGAAGAAGACACUCAGGAAAUGCCCUUCAGCAUGACAAAGCAAGACAGCAAGCCUGUGCAAAUGAUGAUUCAGAACAGCACGUUUAAGGUGGCCACGGUGGCUGCGGAGAAAAUGAAGAUCCUGGAGCUUCCGUACGCCAGCGGAGAGCUGAGCAUGUUGGUGCUGUUGCCUGAUGAGGUUUCUGGCCUGGAGCAGAUUGAGAACAAAAUCAGCUUUGAAAAACUGACACAGUGGACCAGUCCCAGUGUGAUGGAAAGGAGGGUAGUGAAAGUGUACCUCCCUCGCAUGAAGAUUGAAGAAAAAUAUAACCUCACAUCUGUCUUAGUGGCCUUGGGAAUGACCGACCUGUUCAGCCCUUCCGCCAAUCUGUCUGGUAUCUCUUCCGCAGAGAACCUGAAGAUGUCUGAGGCUGUGCAUGGGGCGUACAUGGUAGUCAAUGAAGAGGGCACAGAGGUGGCAGGCUCAACGGGGGUGAUGGGAGACAUCAAGGAUUCCUCUGAGUUCGAAGAGUUUAGGGCUGACCACCCAUUCCUCUUCUUGAUCAAACACAACCCAACCAACAGCAUUGUCUACUUUGGUAGAUAUUGUUCCCCCUAACAAGAUAAAGAGCUAGAAAUAACACAUG